AUGAGUGUUAAGGUAAGAGGUAAUUUUAUGCUGAGUUUUACCACUUAUUUCAAUGAGAGAAUGAAUCAAUAAAGAUCAUAAAAUUUGUCAAUUUUUUCCAGCAUGCAUUUUUUGAUUUCCAAAUUUUAGAAUUCGUCGUUAGUGAUCGCCGCAUUGACAACUAUCUUUGGGAUUUUGGCAUGGGUCUAUUUGUUUGUGGAAUAUUACAGUGAUCCGAAAUGUAGGCCGAUUCUUAAGGUUUUGUUUGUUACAUCGCCCUCAGAAUGUGAACAAACUGUUUUUAGACUUUCAGAAACUUCAAAAUAUCACCUUUGUCGGCUCAUUCUUCUUGCCCGGUAAGUUAUUUUGCGUUUUUUUUAUUAAACCAUAACCCUAUGAUGGUUUUUUAACGGUUUAGUUAGCGUGCAACGAUCUCUGAUGUUCGUCGAGUGUUGUUUCUUAUUUUGUGGACUCCAGUUACUUGUGGGAGUCGUCUUUCGAAUGUGGUUCUUGUAUCUGCCGUAUCUUGUUGCUUCGGUAAGUCAAGCGCUACUCUUUUUUUAAUGAGGAAUUUGGGUAGACUCAAGUAAAAAUUUCAGUCGUUUCUGCAGAACGCGGGUUAUAUGCCUCGCAUAAAUCCUACUAACAAUAAAAUAAAAAGUAAAAUAAAAAGUUGCGGCAAGUUUUUUCAAAAUCUGUACGUCCCACUUGGAGUACUUCCCUCUGUUAGACAUACAUACGCUAUUUUCACAACAUUUGUUUUUUUCAGUUAGUCCGGCCUCCAGUCUUCCUCACCGGUGGGAUUGCCUGCAUUUUCGCAGGUGCUCUUGAACUUCUCGAUGGUGAUCCGGAUUAUCAUGCAGAGAAAACCUGGGAUCAACCGUCUUUUCAAUUUUUCGCCGGAGUUUUCACAUUGGUCUACAUGUUCAUUCAAAUAUUCAUGUUUCUUGUGAUUUAUAGGGAUUUUAACGAUGUCAAAGCGAUGGGACUGUCGCCGCGACAGAAGAAAUUUAUCAAUCGAAUUGCGAAUUUAACAACGAAACAAUUUUGA